AUGAACUCUAACACGGCCCAGACGAUUAUCGAGUGCCUCAAAUAUGCCACGACGGGCGACCUACCCCCCAACAGCAAAGGCGGAGCCUUCAUACACGACCCCAAGCUAUGCGGUGAGAAGGAGGUGCUGGCACAAGUGAAGCUGUCUUUUAAGGGCACGUCUGGCGCGAAGAUGGUGGCCACGCGCAGCCUACAGCUUACAGUUAAGAAGACCACCCGGCAACAAAAGACCCUGGAAGGGCAGUUGCUGAUGGUCAAGAAUGGCGAGCGCACGGCGAUCUCGUCGCGAGUGGCGGAACUGGACCAGAUCAUGCCACAAUACCUGGGCGUGUCCAAAGCGGUUCUCGACUCGGUCAUAUUUUGCCAUCAGGACGAGAGUUUGUGGCCGAUGAGCGAGCCAUCGGUACUGAAGAAGAAGUUCGACGAGAUCUUUGAAGCGAUGAAGUACACGAAAGCCAUCGACAACAUCAAAGCACUGCGCAAGAAACAAAAUGAGGAGCUCGCUAAGUUCAAGAUCAUGGAGCAGCAUGCCAAAGAAGACAAGGAUAAAGCGGAUCGUGCCGAGAAACGCUCGAUCAAGCUGCAAGAGGAGAUCGAGGCUUUACGCGAGGAAACACACCAAAUGUCGCUGGAAAUGCGACGCGUCGCAGAUCUUGCCGACAAAGCCUGGAAGGAAUCCGAGAGCUAUGCCCAGGUCCUGGGAGCCCUGGAAGGGAAGCGCAUCGAGGCCAAAAGCAUUGAGACCACCAUCGAAAACCUGAAGAAACACCUUGUUGAGCUGGACGACUCGGACGAAUGGCUUGAAUCGACUCUGGAGCAGUUCGAGUCUCGGCAGAUUCAAUAUCAGCAGCAGGAAGAGGCCCAAAAAGAGAAUUACAUGGGAAUCAAGGAGAGGAUCGAACAGUCUCGGCAUCGCUUGGGCUUAAAGCAGGCCGAAAAUGGAAAAUACGAAAACGACAAGGCCAAUUUCGAGCGCCAAGUCUCAAGACGACAGACUAUGGUCAAUGAUAUUGCUCGCGAUAACAACAUCCGUGGCGUUGAUGACAACAUGGAUCAAGCGAAUAUCGAUGCAUUCAUGCAGAAGAUUCGACGUUUCCUAAGAGAGCAGAACCAGACUCUGGACCGUGUGAAGCGAGAAACCCAGAAAGAGCUACGUGAGGUUCAAGAUAUUCUCAACGAAAUUGGACAAAAGAAGUCCGCAUUGCAAGAGAGCAAGAACUAUGCGAAGCGGCAAAUCGCGUCUAACGACAAGGAGGCAGCGACAUACCAAGCUAAACUGGACGAAAUCGAAAUCGACGAGGGCGUCCAGGCUGCCUUGGAGUCCAAGAUUGAGGAUGUUUCUUCCAAUCUCGAGCAUGCAAAGGAACGAGCCAAAUCUGCAUCCUGGGACCAAGAUAUUCACGAUACCAAUGCAGAGAUCCGUCGCCUGGAAGAUGAGAGUUCGCGGUUGAAUGCUGAAUUGAUCGAUUCCACAAAGAAGGCCGGCGAUCUUGCCCGUUUGGAUCACCUCAAAAAGGAAGCCAAAGAUCGGGAACGCAGCUCGCAGACCAUGAAAGGAGCCCACGGUGAUCGACUUGCGAAAGUCGUCGGCGCCGACUGGCAACCGGAGACUUUAGAAAGAGACUUCCAGCGAGCAGUCGAUAUCGAAUCCAAACAGGUGACCGAUGCAGAGCGAGAUCGUGAUGGCCAACGACAAAAGGAUCUCGAUGACUAUGUCAAGGAGAUACGCGAAGCUGUUGACACGGAGCCUUCCGAGUUCCCUGACAUGCUUAAGGAAAGACAGGCGCAAUACGAUCUUGCUCGCAAAGACGCUGACCAAUACGCGGGAAUGGGCGAGUAUCUCAGCAAGUGUCUUGAAGCGGCGAAACGAACCAAGCUUUGCCGAACAUGCCAGCGAUCUUUUAAGAACGAGGCAGAGCUUCAAAGCUUUCAGAAGAAACUGGAGAAUCUUGUCAGGAAGGCGACGGAGGAAGCUGAAGACGACUCCCUGAAAGGCAUUGAGCAAGAUCUCGAAGCUGCCCGCGGUGCGAGCGCUGCCUAUGAUGCAUGGGUUCGCUUGUCUGAGACAGAUAUCCCUGAACUGGAGCAGGAAGAACAGGAGUGUGAAUCGCAACGUGAUGAGCUCUUGGGUCGGUUGGAAGGGCACGACCGUACCGUCAGUGAAAAGUCUGACAGCAAGCGAGAAGUCGAAGCGCUCUCCAAGACGGUCAGCACCAUUGCUCGGUACGAUGUUGAAAUCAAAUCGAUCCACUCGCAGAUCCAGGAGCUCUCCGACAACCAGCAAAAUGCCUCCGCCGGGCGGACCUUGGAAGAUAUCCAGGAGGAGAUUGCCGCAACUGGCGAGAAAAUCCGAGCUCUGAAGAAGACUCUCACCAAACUCACGAAUGACAAAGACCAAACCCGUACCGAGAUCAAUCAUCUCGAGUUGCAGCUGAGAGAUGUGAGGAGCAAUCUCGACAGUGCCAGAUUCCAACUGGAGAAGAAGAGCGACUUGCUUGUCAGACUGGAGGAGUACAAGAAGCUGAACAGGCAGCAGCGAGAAGCAAUCGAAAAGGCUGACCGAGAUAUCGAGAGUCUUACACCCGAGUUGCUUCAGGCGCAAGCCCGGUAUGAUGAUAUCAGCCAAAGGGCCGAGACCCGCGACCGAGAGCUGCAACAGGAGAUUGGCCGGCUCUCGGAGAGCAUACAUCAGCUUGAUCUGGCAAAUGAGGAUAUCAAUUCGUACAACGAGCGAGGAGGCCCAAGUCAGCUCGAGCGCAGCAAGCAGGAGCUUCAAGACAUCGAAGUCGAGAUCAACAAUCUUGAAGCGGAGCAGGCCGAGAUCACGCGAGAAAUCAACAAGAUCUCAGCCCAACUCAAGGACAGCGAGAACACGAAACGGCAAUACUCGGAUAACCUCACAUAUCGCCAAGCGAGCCGUUCACUGGGCAAAGUGACAGAGGAGAUCGAGGAAUUGGAAUCGCAGAACGCGGAGGUCGACCGCAGUCGUUUCAAGCAGGAGUCCGAACGCCGAACUCGCGAGCACAACGCCCUUGCCGCCAGGCAAGCCAGCAAGAUGGGCGAAAUGAAGUCCAAAGACGACCAGUUGAUGCAGCUCCUGGCCGACUGGAACACGGACUACAAGGACGCAGCCUCCAAAUACAAGGAAGCCAACAUCAAAGUGGAAACGACCAAAGCCGCCGUGGAUGAUCUCGCCCGAUACGGCGGCGCCCUCGACAAGGCCAUCAUGCGCUAUCACGGGCUGAAAAUGGAAGAAAUCAACGCCAUCAUCGGCGAGCUAUGGCAGAAGACCUACCGCGGCACAGACGUGGACACGAUCCUCAUCCGCUCGGACAACGAGAACGCCAAGGGCAACCGGUCCUACAAUUACCGCGUGUGCAUGGUCAAGCAGGGCGCCGAGAUGGACAUGCGCGGACGCUGCAGUGCGGGACAGAAAGUCCUGGCUAGUAUCAUUAUCCGACUUGCACUGGCGGAGUGCUUCGGCGUUAAUUGCGGUCUUAUUGCUCUGGAUGAACCGACUACGAACCUUGACCGUGAGAAUAUCCGCUCGCUCGCUGAGUCUUUGCAUGAUAUCAUCCGUACUCGUCAGCAGCAGGCGAAUUUCCAGCUCAUUGUCAUUACCCACGAUGAGGAGUUCCUGCGUCAUAUGCAGUGCGGUGACUUUACUGAUUACUACUACCGUGUCUCGCGCAAUGAGAGGCAAAAGUCGAUUAUUGAGAGGCAGUCUAUUGCUGAGGUCAUGUAA